GGACAUUGCGGUUUGGUUGGAGGUGCAGAGAGAAUCAUCAUGGCGGCUGGACUACUUACUAAACCUCAGAUGAGAGGCCUUCUUGGUAAACGUCUCCGCUUCCAUAUUAUUGGGGCUUUCGUUGUCUCUUUGGGGGUUGCUGCUAUGUAUAAGUUUGGAGUGGCAGAUCCAAGGAAGAAGGCGUACGCAGACUACUAUAAGAACUUUGAUGCAAUGAAGGAGUAUGAAGCCAUGAGAGAAGCAGGUGUAUUCCAAAGCGUGCGACCAAAAGGCGAAUAGAGUGCAUCCUAUUUACAGGAGGAGAAUGCAGAAUUUGCUUCAGAAUAUUCCUAAAUGGUCUCUUUGCUGGACAUACUGAAUGCCUCAAAUGUUUUACUAUUCUAUGUAAAUGUGGUUCAAUAUACAAAUGAGAAAUAAGUGUUUUACUUUGCCCUUUAUUCCUACAAGUAAUUAAUUGCAAAGCUAGAUUUAUGUAUGCACGCAUUGGAGACUAAACUGUCGAACAGGAGGAGUUUGCCUAGAAGUUGUGAUCUUGCUGGAGACUCUGGUUUAAUGUCUUGUGAUGCUGUACAAGGUGCUUAAUUUGGUGUCCCUAUUAUAUUGGUGCAGGUGCAGUAGGGGCUACAGUGCAACAUUUAAACCUGUGUCACAGACCAACUGCAUGAAUUGAAAUACACAUUGUCCAGUGAUAAAUAAAACUACGCAAACUC